AUGAUCAGACUCCAGCAUGCCCUCAAAGACGGAGCUGCAGCCUAUAUCGUUGAUAAUAGGGAAAGAACUCGUGAGGAUUACGAAUCGGUCAUCACAAUCCUUACGACGCGUUAUUUGAAUCGGUCCAAAAUUGAAGAUUUUCUUGAGUUUGAGUUGUUAGCUAUUCCUUCUCCCACCCAUAACAGCUCUCGUUCUCUUCUCGAAUUUGCAGAUAGGAUUGAUACCUUCAGAUCUCGGUUCAAGCAUAACAACAGCGAAAUCCCUCGGACUAUAGUUAAGAAAUUAUUUUUGAAACUUGAUACGAAGACUAGAGAGCAUGCUACUUUGAGAAGCUCUGUGAAAGGAUAUGAUCUUCAUAAUAUCAAUGAUUUCCUCACGUUUCUAUAUGAAUUAGCAUUGGAAAUGGAACAGUGGCAGCUUUCCUCUGAUAAUGUGUCCCAAAAGCCCCAGGUUCCUAAUCAUCCCGUUUCACGUCCAAAAGGUGAUAUUGUCAGACCUCCGCGCAUUGAAAGACCUCCUGCUUCGAAUGUUGUCCUCAGUUGUCCAUUUUGUUCAGAGACUCACAAAGCUUCGGAAUGUCCCAAGUUCAAAUCGUAUUCGGAAAGAAUUGAGUCGUUGAAGUCACAAAGACGGUGUUAUCGUUGUUUCAGUCCCGAUCAUAUGAUCACUAGGUGUCAUCGAACUUUUAUUUGUGGGAAAUGUCGUAGAAAUCAUCAAACCUUUAUGUGUUCCCCUCCGAAAGGAUCCUCCAAUUCCACUCCGUUAGGUAACAUUGAUAGUGGAGUAGAACCGUCUUCGCCAGCGUUGGUUUUUGCUAUUACAAACAAUGGCCAGUUUGAUUGUCAGGGUGAAACUCAGGACACCACAAGCCAACUCCCCGUGAAGUAUUGUUGUUUUUCAGCUAACGCUGAGAUACCUCAGAGCAAGGUUGCUCCCCACCCGGUUCAUGUUUUCAUUGAUUGCGGGUCAGAUUUGAAUUUGAUUAAAAAAUCGACCGCUCUUUUGUUGAAUCCACGUUUGAAAUUGAAUGGAAAUUUGAAUAUUGGCACAUUGAAUGGGUCUAUUGGAUCCAAGACCUCUCGCUUGACAGUAUUGUUUACUCCCGGUGCUCAGGAUUCCAGUAAUCUUCCCCCGAUUCCUUCAAAGCCCGUCGAAAUUGUUCUAAAUGUCGUUGAUGACAAAUUUUUCGAUAAAUUGAAAGGUCCAAAGUUCUCGAAGUCGGUUGACACAUUGUUGGGUGUGCAAGCGAUGACGAAAUUGAACAUGACUGUCACAGAUUCCAGAAGUCCCUCCGGCUAUACGCUUGUGAAAUCGUCCUUAGGGUACUUCGAAGCCGGUGCUCCCCUAUCAUACGAGCCCGUGCACCCCAGUCAUACUCUUCAGGCUCACGUCUUAUUCCUUCAAAAUCAGAGCCGUCCGGACCCUUUUGAAUCCAUCCAGGACUUUGAUCUAGUCCGUUAUAGUAAUUGGACAGAUAGCAUGGGUAUCACCAAGGAAGAUAGUUUAUCGAAAAGAGAAUCAGAUCUCAAAACUCUCGAAUUUGUGCUCAAGAAUACGACUCAGGAUCCUCAAACUGGUCGGUAUUCGGUUCCUUUGCCGUUCAAACAUGAGAAAACCCCUCUAGUUCUCCCGGAUUAUAAGAAAUGUAGGGCUCGGUUAUCAGGCAUCAUUAGACAGCUUCAGAAAGAUCCCAAAUUGCUUGCUCAUUAUCAUAAGAAUUUUGUGGAUCAGGAAUCUAACGGUAUCAUUGAGAAAUGUUCGGUUUUCGAGUACACGAAGGGUAAGACUAGAUAUAUUCCCCAUCUCCCUGUAGCUCGACCGGAUCAUCCUACCACCCCGGUUCGUAAUGUAUUUGAUGCUUCUUCUAAGGAUGAAAGCGACCAGUCCCUGAAUUCUAUGUUGAAUCAAGGUCUCACUCUUCUCCCGGAUUUACCAUCCACGAUUUUGUCAGUCCGAAAAAGCAAAUAUCUAGCUAUAGCGGACCUUGAAAAAGCAUUUUUGAUGCUAGAUAUUCAUCCUGAAUACCGUGACUAUGUUCGUUUCUUGUGGGUUAAAGAUCCAUCUCGUCCUCCAACUCAAGAUAACCUCCAAGCCUACAGAUUUCGAAGGGUUACAUUUGGGUUAGUUUGUUCUCCAGCUUUGUUAGGUGCUGUCCUCCAUCAUCAUAUCUUGAAAAAUUCGGACAUUCUCGGUCAAGAAAUGACGGAGUCCAUCUUGAAAACGCUGUAUGUUGAUAAUAUGUUCAUCCAAGCAGAUAAUCCUGACCUCGUAUCAGACACAUGCCAAAAAUUGAAAAAGAUUUUUUCGGACAGUGCAAUGAAUUUGCGAGAAUUUGCGUCGAAUAUUCCUGACUUCGUUGACAGUUUCCCUCCUCACGAUUUGGCCUCAGGCGUCCUUCAAAAAAUCCUGGGUAUGGGUUGGAAUACGUUAACCGAUCAGUUAUCGUUAACUCCAAAAGAACCAAAGAAACUUGAGAUAAAGUGUGAUCCUUUGCAGUUUCAAAUGAGAAAUUACGACCCCAAUGGGUUGAUUUCGCCAGCUAUUUUGCCGAUUAAGAGAAUUAAUCAGGAGCUGAGCCAAAUUCCCAAUGGGUGGAAAUCAGAAUUGUCAGAAGAAAUAAAACUUCGCCUACAAACGAUUGUAGACGGUUGGUCGGUCGAAAAAAUUUUGGUUGAUAGGUAUUUUGGGCCCCCUCCGUACUCUUUGCAUGCCUUCUCGGAUGCUUGUUCUUAUGGUAUCGGUGCGUGUAUUUAUAUUUCCUCCGUUGAUCAGUCUUUCCCCCCGGCAUUGGUAUAUGCUAAGGCUAAUGUUAAGCCCUCUAACAUAACUCAGUCAAUACCCAACCUCGAGCUUUUGUCCACAGAAACGGCUGUAUUACUCAUGUCGAACGUCUCCAAAACCUUGUAUCCCCAUGUUGAAAAACAUUUUGUUUGGUCUGACUCUGAAAUCGCACUCAAGAAAAUUGAAAAUCGAGAUAAUCGUGAACGGUUUGUGGCCAACCGUAUCAAAUCCAUCUAUUCACAUGUUCCCGAUGGUACCAUUUUUCGUCAUGUUCCUGGUGAACAAAACCCAGCUGAUGUAGCUAGUCGUGGGGUACCUCUAAAUGAGCUCAGAACUCUUGACAUUUGGUGGCAUGGUCCUAGUUUUCUAAGAGAUGAAGCUUACAAGCCGUCGAUGGCAUUUGUCCUCAAGAAUAGUGGAGCCACUGUCGACUAUGAAGCAGAUUGUUUCCACGUUUCCGAAGAAGUAUCAGAGACUCAGUCCCUGUGGCAACUGUUUUUCAGUCAAUUCCCCCAAGGUUGCAUCGAAGAUUUUUGCAAAUCACAUGAAUUUUUUGUCACUUUGAGUUCCGAAUUGAAUCAGUUGAACGGCUGGCUUGAAAAAGCAAUCCGUCUCGAGCAAGAGCGCAGUCCUCCUUCAAGUAGUCAGAUAAAAAAUUGGAGAUUGAGAAAAGAUUCGCUUAAUCUAUGGCAUAUUGACGGUCGGAUCGUGAACUCUAACUUCGGAUUCCGGAGAAAGAAUCCUUAUUUCAUAAGUCAGAAGUCGUCGUUGAUCCCCUUGGUUAUCAGAAAAUUGCAUGAAUGUCAUGGGCAUAUGAACUCUUCGUCUACAUUACAAAUUCUCCGUGAAUAUUUUUGGUUUCCGCAGUCUAGAAAGAUUAUCACCUCGUUGAUUAUCAAAGCUUGUCCUAAUUGUGCUCUCGAUAGGAAGACUUUUACUCCCCCAUGCUAUCUCCCAAAAUUACCGGAAACACGAACCCAGUUUGACUUCGUUUUCCAAGAUGUUGGAGUUGAUCUCAUAGGACCGAUUGCUACACAAGAAGGGCCAAUUCACAUCAUUCUGUGGACUUGUUUGACAUCCCGUGGAGUUUUUUUGGACACGUUGUAUCCAGCUUCGGCCAAAAGUUUCCUUAAUUGUCUUGAUAAGUUGAAAGCAAUAUAUGGCCUUCCCAGUUCUAUCCUUAGUGACCACGCAUCCUACUUUGAGUUAGCAAGGAAAGCUAUCAUGAUUGCUCAAAAUGAAGGUUUGGUGGUUGAGGAAUUUUGUCAAAACCAGAAAAUUCGGUGGAAUUUUACGGUUUCUAGAGCUCCGUGGCAAGGAGGUGCCUAUGAAAGAUUGGUUGCUCUCGUGAAACAACUUUUGACUAAAAAGUUUAUCAUAUCUCGGCUGAAAGCGAAGAGUGAAUUAAAAACGGCUCUUCCUCAUAUUGCUACCGUUAUUAAUUGUCGACCUCUUACCAUAGUCAAUUCGAAAUCCCCGAUAAUCUUAACCCCAAUGAAUAUGUUGUGUCCUCUACGCCAACCGUUGUCGCUUCCAAGAUUUGAGUUAGACGAAGUGUACACACCUAGUCCCCAUGAUUCCCCUGAAACUUUGGCUCAGACCUUCGCUAAAACUCAGAACUUUGUCGCCAAAGUGAAAGCUGUAUGGAAUGACAUGUAUCUCGAAACGUUGAUAACGCAGAAAUCCAAAAACUCCGUCGUGGCUCCUCCAGAAUUCGUUAAAGGGGAUCUUGUAGUCUUCUCGUCCGAUAAGCCACACGGCCCAAAAUACGAGAUUGCCAGGGUAGACAGAGUGAGGAGCAAAGAUCAAGUGCCAGUAGAAGUGGUGUUGGAAACCGAUGCCAAGAAGACCGUCUCCCGUCACCCCAGAUCAGUCAAGAUGUUGUUCCCGGUUAAGAAGCUCAGCCAGAAGGAGACCAAAGAUGUGGCGCGCCCCCCGGAGACACCAUCAAGUGGAAGCAACACUCCAGGCCCGGAGUGUCACGAUUCCGUGAAGAAUUCUCAGGAAUUAGCAUAA